AUGGUGAUCUUCAAGAAGAAGUGUAUGUUUCACAACCUGAAGGGUUCGUCAUCAAAGCCGAGGGCGUGGAACAUACGUCUGAACAAGAGCUUAAAGAGUCUAAACUUCAUGAAGUGCUCGCAAGAACAAAAAGCAUCAAAAGAGUUCAAGCAGCAAAUGAUGAAAGACUUUGAGUUGACUGAUAUCAGGUUACUCAUGUACAACCUUGGUAUUGAAGUGGACCAAAGGAAAGGUUGUAUCAUGCUAAAGCAAUUGACCUAUGCUAAGAAGUUGUUGCAGCAAUUUAAGAUGACAGAGUGCAACCCGACCAAGUAUGCCAUGGAAGCAAAGUUACAAUUCAGGAAAGAUGCUGAAGGAAGCUUGGCAAAUUCCACUAAGUAUAGACGCGUCAUCAAAACUCUAAGGUACUUGACUCGUACUCGUCCGGACCUUUCAUAUGUUGUUGAAAUAGUCGGUAGUUACAUGGAAAAGCCUACUAUGAUGCAUAAUCAAGCAAUUAAGCACAUUCUUCACUAUUUGAUGGGAACCACAAGCUACGGGUUGAAGUAUGAAAGAGGUGAGGUUCUGAAGAACUAG